UCCCCGCCGCUUCAGGAGUUCUCCGUGGCCGAGGAGCGGAGCGGGCACUGCGCCGUGGUGGACGGCGGCUACCUCUACGUGUGGGGGGGAUACGUGGUAAGGAAGGAGCGAGGGAGGCGGCGAAGAAGCGGGAGGCUCCGGGCGGGCGAGCGACAACAAAACAUCUCGUGAGGAGACGGUGAAGAGACGGAGGGCGGGGAAUGGGCGCUAGCUCCGCCCACUCGGCCGCUCGCUGAGGAGAGCAAAAUGGGCGGGAAAGCCUGACAGGGCACGCGAGAGGCCCCGGAGGUGUGGAGGUAGAGGCGAAGCGGGAUUGGGGAGAGAGGCCGUCGUUUACCUAACCGCCAUCGCCUAUUGGUCGCUGGUUUUUCGAGGCGCGGCGGCCGGCCUAUUUCCCCGCCCCCUGCCCUGAGGAGACUUCAUUUAACAGCCGCGGUCGCUGCUUAUUUCUCAGCUCCAUGUUUUUAACCUUCGGGGAGAGGGCUGUAUAUAAAUUCAAUAAAUAGAAGGGCGGCGUGGAUGCUUGUUUCCCCGCCACUCGCACUCUUCCGCCGAUAGCAUUUCAUGUCAUAAGAUUCAAAUACCGCUUGAUUGGGGGGGGGGGAGGAAUAAAACCUCAAAGCGGUUUAGAAAAUAUAAUAAUAAAACAGUAAAAUUAUCAGCAAGAAAAGCUGAAAUGGCUAGUCUUAAAACAUGAAAAUUCGAAUACACUUUCUAAACACCUGGGCAGGCUUAAAUAAUGAUGUAUGGGGAAAAGUGCAGUGUAGUGUACCCCUGCUUGAUGUCAAUAGGCAGGGAGUUCCAAAGUGUAGGUGCCGCCACAUGAAAAAGUCGAAUUCUUACAAAUGUGGAAUAGAUCUCAUGGGGCACCUGUAACAGUGCCAGUUCUGUCCAUUGAAGCUGCUGGGUGGGCAAUUAUGGGGUGAGGCCACCUUGCAGGUAAACUGGUCCCAGCCUUGUUGGGGCCAUAUAAGCAUUGGGUGGCCUUCCCCAACCCGACGCCCUCCAGAUGUUUUGGGCUACAGUGGUACCUUGGUACUCAAACAACUUGGAACCCAAAUACUGCAAACCCAGAAGUAAAUGUUCUGGUUUGCGAACUUUUUUCGGAAACCAAACAUGCUCCGUUUUGAGUGUUACCCUUCUGUUUCGAGUGCCACACUUCCGUUUUGAGUGUUAUGCUGAGGUCUACCUGUUUUUGCUAUUUAUUUUGCAUUUUUGUUUUUGCUGCUCUCUUUGUUUUUGUGACUGUGGAACCCAGUUCAGCUACUGAUGGAUGGAUGGAUUGAUUGUGUGACUGCAGUACAUUGUUUAUUGCUUUCAUUUUAUGGCUCCAUGGUCUCGUUAGAUAGUAAAAUUCAUGUUAAAUUGCUGUUAUGGGGGUUGUUUUUAAAAGUCUGGAAAGGAUGAAUCCAUUUUGCAUUACUUUCUAUGGGAAAGCAUGCCUUGGUUUUGGAACACUUUGGUUUUGGAACAGGCUUCUGGAACAUAUUAAGUUUGAGAACCAAGGUACCACUGUACUACUACCAUGUCAGCCCCGGCUAGCACAAACAUGCCUGCAUGGCAUGGUGCAAGUCUUCCAGGACUCACAGCCAAGAUGGUCCUGGGUGGCUUUAGAGUAGGAUUGGACAUAUUCCUGGAGGAUAAUAGCCUUGAUAGCUAUGCUCUGCCUCCAUGCUUCUGAAUACCGUACCAGUUGCAGGAAGCCACAGGAGCAUUAGCCAGGGACCGCUGGCAGUGACCACCACUUCUCAUAUGCAAAACUUCAUCGUUCAAAUAAUUAUUCACAGUGCCAUUAGCUGGCUGAUUCUAGGUGUGGUUUCUCUCCUCUGACUUUGCUAGCAAACUGGAGGGAUGCCAUUUCAGUUUCACAAAUACAGUUCUUGGUUCUGCUUGGAGGUCACAUGCGCACAUUCUCCCAAAUACAUCAUUUGUGUGCAGCUAAACGAUCACAGAACAGCAGUGCAGAAAGAGCAGCGGCAGACCUUUUGCUGAGAUCUACGGGAGUAUGGGAGAAGGUUGUGCCUUGCUAUGACUAGUCUGCCUUUCCCUGCCUUUAGUUACAGGUAGGUAGCCGUGUUGGUCUGAGUCGAAGCAAAAUAAAAAAAUUCCUUCAGUAGCACCUUAAAGACCAACUAAGUUUAUAUUUUGGUAUGAGCUUUCGUGUGCAUGCACACUUCUUCAGAUACACUAGAAACAGAAGUGUCAGACCCUAUAUAUAUACAGAGGGUGGACAAUGACAGCUCCCUUUCUCAAGCUCUGGGAGGAAGACCUUUCAUUGCCUACAGACAGCCACCCAAUCUUAAACAACUCCUCACCCACAAUAAUACAACCACCAGACUUAACAUGGACACUGGUACCAGAGCCUGCAAUAAACCCAGAUGCCAACUUUGCUGCCACAUACACCCGGACAACACCAUUACUGGCCCCAACAACAUCCAACAUACCAUCUCAGGACUAUUUAAUUGCUCAUCUUCUAACAUUGUGUAUGCCAUCAAAUGCCAACGGUGCCCUUCAGCUCUCUAUAUUGGACAAACAGGCCAAACCCUACGCCAAAGGAUAAAUGGACAUAAAUCUGACAUCAGGAACCAUAAGACUGAAAAACCAGUAGGAGAACACUUCAAUCUCCCAGGACAUUCUAUACAAGAUCUCAAAGCAGCUGUUUUAUUACAGAGAAAUUUCAGGAACAGACUGGAAAGGGAAGUUGCUGAAUUGGAAAUCAUUACCAAGCUUAAAACCAUGGAAGCACCUGGGCUGAAUAGAGAUAUCGGAUUCUUAUCUCAUUAUGCAUGAUCAAGCUUUCUUUAGCACCUCAGCCCAGGACUAAUUGCAGCCAUCAGCAGCCAUUAACACCCAUCUACAGGUUUACCACUCCCAUCAGCCCAUCUCCCAUUCCCACCCACCCCCACCACCCUCUGUAUAUAUAUAGGGUCUGACACUUCUGUUUCUAGUGUAUCUGAAGAAGUGUGCAUGCACACGAAAGCUCAUACCAAAAUAUAAACUUAGUUGGUCUUUAAGGUGCUACUGAAGGAAUUUUUUUAUUUUGCUUUCCCUGCCUUUGUUCAGGCACAAAGAUCUUACACUGAUUUUAGUACAAAAUAAUAAUUCCACAUGAGUGGCAUAGUCUCCACCUCUCUAGCUCAGCCAGUGUGAUGUAGUGGUUAAGAGCGCUAAGACUCAUAAUCUGGGGAACCGGGUUCACGUCUCCGUUCCUCCACAUGCAGCUGCUGGGUGACCUUGGGCUAAUCACACUUCUUUGAAGUCUUUCAGCCCCACUCACCUCACAGAGUGUUUGUUGUGGGGGAGGAAGGGAAAGGAGAAUGUUCGCCGCUUUGAGACUCCUUCGGGUAGUGAUAAAGCGGGAUAUCAAAUUCAAACUCUUCUUCUUCUUCUUCUUCUUCUUCUUCUUCUUCUUCUUCUUCUUCUUCUUCUUCUUCUUCUUCUUCUCCUCCUCCUCCUCCUCCUCCUCCUCCUCCUCCUCCUCAAGAAUCCUGAUUGCCUUGUGCCUUGAGAUUAGGCAUUAAAUAUCCCAGUUUAUGGUGGCUGGUUUUAAUACCUAAUACUUCCUGAAAGUCUUGAUCACCACUAAUACUUUUCAGGAUGGGCAACUCUUCAAAAUAGGAAUUUCUUUAUUACAUUGCUUUAACAAUACUUUUGAGUGCCUCGAUUUCCCUGCUUCCCAUUUGCUGCUGAACCAGACUUAAUUUAAUUUCCCAAGAGACCUUGGUGGCACUCUGAGCAGAGUGCAUCUUAGGUGGCUACGGUAGCAAAACUCCUGUGUACAGGAAGUCAAUUGAAGAAAAUGAAGUUUAUUUACCUAACGAUGAGCUGUGGAUCUAUGAAAUUGACAGUGGAUUAUGGUCGAUGCAUCUGAUGGAAGGUGAAUUGCCUCCAUCCAUGUCUGGAAGUUGCGGAGCGUCUGUUAAUGGAAAGCUCUACAUCUUUGGAGGAUAUGACGACAAAGGAUACAGCAAUCGGCUCUAUUAUGUUAAUUUGCGAACAAGAAAUGGAACCUAUUUGUGGAAAAAAAUCACAGACUUUAAAGGUCAGCCUCCUACACCACGUGACAAACUUGCCUGCUGGGUGUAUAAAGACAGGCUCAUCUAUUUUGGUGGCUAUGGCUGUAGAAAGCAAAGUGAGCUGAGUGACUGUUUUGAUGUUCAUGAUGCAUAUUGGGGAGAACGGAUAUUCUGGGGAUGGCACAAUGACGUUCAUGUUUUUGAUACAACUACACAAACUUGGUAUCAGCCAAAAAUUAAAAAUGGAGUUCCACCUCAGCCACGAGCAGCACAUUCAUGCACAGUCCUGGGAAAUAAAGGUUACGUGUUUGGAGGCCGUGUUUUGCAAAAAAGAAUGAAUGAUUUACAUUCUUUGAAUCUGGAUACCUGGGUUUGGUCAGGAGAAAUUUGUACAAAUGGAGAAAAACCAGGAGGCAGAUCAUGGCAUACUUUGACAUCUGUAACAGAUAGUAAACUUUUCCUGUUUGGUGGGCUGAGUUCAGACAAUGUACCUUUAAGUGAUGGUUGGAUUUAUGAUGUCGCAAGAAACAAAUGGCAACAACUUACAUACUUACCAAAGAGCAUACCGAGAUUGUGGCAUACAGCUUGUCUUGGUAAAGAAGGUGAAGUGAUGGUCUUUGGAGGAAGUAAAGAUGACUUGCAUUUCAUGGACACGGGACACUGCAGCGAUUUAUUGAUUUUUCAGACACAACCAUACUCACUUCUCAGACUGAGCCUUGACUGCAUUGGUAAAAAUGCUGCCCUCUUGGAGAACCAACUAUCCUGGUUACCAUCUAGACUUUUGGAGGAAGCUAUGGAUAAAAUAACUUUUUGGGCUGCUGUUAGCCGUCGUCAAGAAAGAAAAGCUGAAGAAGCAGCACAGGACCAGAUUAACGUCUCUUAGCAACCAUUCUUCAUGAAUAUACAGCGCACAGUACAGACCCUUCUUGGAGAUAAUUUAGAAAUGUUACUGUUGACUGUUUGGGCUGAAUUUCUAAGGUUGGGUCAGGUCAGGUGAAAGGCACUCUGAUUUGCUGGUGCAUAAAGAAUGGGAGCAGAGUCUACUGAUGUAAUAACAGCUCCGCUUAGGGGCUCUGGAGGUUAAUAACAACUUUCUUGGGUCUACUGAGCCAGUUCAUAAAGCUAGUUGAACCUUUUAUUAUUAUUAUUAAAGCUAAAUAAGCUAAUGAAGCUUCAGACAGUCAAAGCUUUAUUUGGUCAUAUUCCUGCGUAUUGCUACCCUUUAGCCAUUGUCUGAAGAGGGGAAUUUCUUUAAUACAUCUGAAGCUGCAAAACUCUCUUCUUUCGACAGCACUAUAAAAAACUUGGUUGAAAGUUGCAUGGGCCGGGUAUUGACACUAUUUUAUAGAAACACUUUAAAGUUGCACUUUUGUGUUAAAUGUUUUUACUGGGCAAAGUUUUACUGUUGCAAUAAACAUUGAUGGACUGUAAUUAAUCACAAUUUUAAAAAUGUUACACAGGCCACAAUGUGUAAGGUUUGUAUUCAGCUGUUAUUUGUUAUUUAUUGUAAAGUAUUUAUAAAAUACAAAUUUCCUAUCAGUUUUCGGUAUUUAGCUAAUAGGGACCCUGUUGUUACCAUUUUGCUGUUCUGUUUUGAAUAGAAUCUUACUCUGAAUACUUUUACUCACUUGCCAUUUUGAGCAAAAAAGCGGGGGUGGGAAUCUUUUUGUUUAUGCAUCUACUUUGAGUUGCCUUCAGGCUGGUUGCAGUAAUAACUAAGCACGUGUGGGAUUAGGAGGAGGAGGACCCAUGCCAUGAUAUACUGCUUAAUAACUCAGUAUCACAUUUAAGCCAUAUAUCUCAUUAGGGAGAUUUUUGAUACUAGGGGAGGAAUUCCCUUGUCUCCUCCCUCCCUCAGAUCUGGGGUGUGGGGAGCCCACUGUGCAGGUGGAAAUCUUUGUGCUAAUGGAACUUGUUAGGCGAAUCCCACCGUAGCAGUUCUGCUUCUGUUGGGGAAGGGGUGAUGCAGAUUUUUAUAUAACUGAUCUUUGCUUCCUUGUUCUUAGUGCAGAACCUACAGGCUAAAAUAAGGAAUGUGGGCUUUUACUCCCAAAACCGGAGUAUGUGACUUAUCAAAUAUGGAGCUAUGUUUCAGAUAUAUGAUUUUGGACCUAAUAUAUGAAUGACUGAAAAUCAGAGGAAUCGGGUGGUUCAAGCACCUGAAUAGAUGCAGCAGCUUAGUGAAGUCAUUAGUGCCAACCUUUGUCGUGGAACAAUGGCAUAACGUACUUUGAACGUACUGUAGGGAGCAAGUGAUUUUUAUCUGCCUUCACUCCAGUUCUGCUCCCUUCUAGGUAAAAUGUUGCACUUGGCAUUGGCAGAUGAAGCAGGCUUGGAGCAAAUCAAGAUGUCACAAAUAUUUCUUUUGAAGUAUUUUUAAUUAUCAUCCCUGGCAGAUGUUUGGGUUAACGCUGCAAACCUGUGUGUGAAAGUUCUGUGCCUUUAACAAGCUGAAAUUCAGCAGGCGAAGCUUUUCUGAUGUGUAGGUGAAGUAACGAGUUAGUUUCCUCUGAGUCGCUGCUUGUUGCACAGCUGUUAAAACACAAAAGGAGUCCAUCCAAAAGAAAAGUUGGCAAACCUAGCCUAUUAGGAUAAGAACCCUUUAUUGCAUUAUUAGAACUGACCUGACCAGAUGUGGAAAUUAGGGCAUUGGAGAAUGCUGCACAGGAGCCUUCAGUUCUUGCAUUCUGGUCCCCAGCACAUGCAGGCUACUCAAGAGUGCCAUACGCGUCAAGCAUUAGUCAUAGGCUUGUUUCUGCAAAUGACUCCCAUGACUAAAGGUGCAAUCCACUGGGAUGUUCUGCACAAGGCCUCUGCAGAAUGAAUGGGAGCAGCAGCUCCCAUACAUGAGCAGGAAAACUUCCUUUUCAGUGGAUUGUGGCAGUAUUUUGAAGUGAUGGUCAUUUAUUUUAAAGGAACCUCUACAUAAUGCGUUUAGGAUUGGUGUGAGAAUUCUACUGACUUCCAGAUAACCUUGCAAAUAACAAUGGUGCUACUUAAAAUGUCAAAUCCUGAUGAGGUCAAAAGUCAGGGGAACUUGACUCUGAACUUCAGUAGCAACAUUGAUGAUUAUACCAUACCUGAGCUAGAAAACCUUUGACAGGGAAGUUUUUCAUGUUGAAAUUGUGUUCAGAAUCAGUUCCAAAGAAAAGUGCCUUUAUUACCUUAUUAUGUUUUCAUGUGUGUUUUACAAUAUUAUCUGCAGAAGACUGAAAUUUUCUCUCUCGCAAUAAAAAAAUGGAAUUCUGAC